AUGGCCCAAGAACAAGCCCAAAAUGUCAUGCGAAGGAAAUUGGUCAUAAUUGGAGAUGGUGCCUGCGGUAAAACCUCACUGCUCAGUGUGUUCACACUUGGCUAUUUCCCCACCGUACCGACCGUUUUCGAGAACUACGUUACAGAUUGCCGGGUAGAUGGAAAGAGUGUGCAAUUAGCCUUAUGGGAUACAGCAGGGCAGGAAGAUUAUAAAAGGCUACGGCCUUUAGCAUAUUCAAAAGCCCAUGUCAUCCUAAUAGGGUUCUCGAUCGAUACCCCAGACUCCUUGGAUAACGUCAAACACAAGUGGGCCGAAGAAGCGACCGAGCGAUGUCCCGGCGUCCCAAUCAUUCUUGUCGGCUUGAAGAAAGAUCUCCGAGAAGAUCCAGUGGCCAUAGAAGAAAUCCGCAAGAAGUCACAACACUUUGUUAACAGUAGGGAAGCGAGCGAGAUUGCACGCGAGAUUGGGGCACGCAAGUACCUCGAAUGCUCGUCCUUGUCCGGUGAGGGAGUUGACGACGUCUUCGAGGCGGCCACGAGAGCAGCCCUACUCACCUUUGAGAAGGGCGAGCGGGGAGGAUGCUGUGUCAUACUAUAA